UCUUCCCAUUGGAACGGAACUCUCGUCACACAUUUCAGAAGCUAUGAGGGCUGAUUUCAGAACGCUUGAGCGUGAAAAGCGAUUCCAGAACCCUCCCAAGGACGAAAGUGCCUACCCACUCUUGAAAGAUGCUGUAGCACCACAUGUAGGUUCGUUCAAUGCCUUGACCGAGGGACCUGACGGCGGUCUUUUGAAUCUUGCAGUAAAGGAUAUUGGUACAAAGACCAUUUUCGACUCCAACGACUCGGAAAGACUAGGAAACAAGCUCCGGAUCAGAGUGGAGUCUUUACAAUUGGCCAAGCCUGCUGUGCCUAACAAUGACAAGAUCUCCAUCAACAGAAGAACUUUCCCAGCUGAAUGUAGAGAAAGAAUGUCGACAUAUCGUUCAAGAUUGAUGUUGAAAGUAGCUUGGUCAGUCAACGAUGGCGAUGAGGUUUCUGAGAUAAGAGAAGCCGGCCAGGUGCCCAUCAUGUUGAAGACUAACAGAUGUCAUUUGGAAAAGUUAUCUCCACAAGAGUUGGUGGAGCAAAGAGAGGAGUCUGACGAGUUAGGAGGAUAUUUCAUUGUCAACGGGAUUGAGAAGUUAAUUCGUAUGUUGAUUGUGCAACGUAGAAACCAUCCUAUGGCCAUUAUCCGUCCUUCUUUUGGUAACAGAGGUGCUGCCUACACCAAGUUUGGUAUCCAGAUCCGGUCCGUCAGACCAGAUCAGACAUCUCAGACCAACGUUUUACACUACUUGAACGACGGUAAUGUGACAUUCCGUUUUUCGUGGAGAAAGAACGAGUAUUUGGUGCCCGUAAUGAUGAUCUUGAAGGCUCUUAUUGAGACCAAUGACCGUGAGAUUUUUGACGGGAUCGUCGGUGCAGACUCCGCCAAUUCGUUCUUGACGGAUCGUUUGGAAUUGUUAUUGAGAACAUACAAGCAAUACAACUUGUAUUCCAAGCAAGAAACACUUGCUUACUUAGGUGACAAGUUCAGAGUCGUUUUUGGUGCUACACCAGAUGUCUCAGACAUAGAAGUGGGUAAGGAAGUAUUGAGAAGAAUUGUCUUGGUCCAUUUGCCCGACAACGCUGACAAGUUCCGCAUGUUGUUGUUCAUGAUCAGAAAGUUGUACUCGUUGGUUGCUGGUGACUGCUCUCCAGACAACCCCGAUGCCACUCAGCACCAGGAAGUGUUGCUUGGAGGAUUCUUAUAUGGUAUGAUCAUCAAGGAAAAGAUCGAGGAAUACUUGCAGAACAUAAACCUCCAGAUCCAGUCCGAUAUCAACCGUGGUGUAGCCAUCAACUUCAAUGACAGAAAGUACAUGUCGAGAGUGUUCAUGAGAAUAAAUGAGAACAUUGGUCAGAAAUUGCAGUACUUCUUGUCGACUGGUAACUUAGUGUCGCAGUCUGGUUUGGACUUGCAGCAAGUCUCUGGGUACACUGUUGUAGCCGAAAAGAUUAACUUCUACAGAUUCAUUUCCCAUUUCAGAAUGGUGCACAGAGGGUCAUUCUUUGCUGAAUUGAAGACUACCACUGUCAGAAAGUUGUUACCAGAGUCUUGGGGUUUCUUAUGUCCUGUCCAUACACCCGAUGGUUCGCCCUGUGGUUUGCUUAACCAUUUGGCCCAUAAAUGUAGAAUUGCUACUGAAGCAUCAGAUGUCUCACAAGUUCCCAAGACUUUAGCGCAGUUGGGUGUAUCUCCAGCUCACACCUUUGCUGCCGGACCCAACUUGUGCUGUGUCCAGUUGGAUGGUAAGAUUGUAGGAUGGACCACCCAUGAACAGGGUAAAAUUGUAGCCGACACUCUCAGAUUCUGGAAGGUAGAAGGCGGCCAUGGUCUUCCGCUCGACUUGGAAAUCGGGUACGUACCUCCUUCCGCCAAGGGUCAAUACCCUGGUUUGUAUAUCUUUGGAGGCCACUCCAGAAUGAUGAGACCUGCCAAGUACUUGCCCUUGGACAAGCCAGAUGUGUUGGGUCCUUUCGAACAAGUGUACAUGAACGUUGCUGUAACUCCAGCUGAAAUCGAAGGCAAUGUUCACACUCACGUAGAGUUCUCUCCUACCAACAUUUUGUCGAUCUUGGCUAACUUGACGCCUUUCUCGGACUUCAACCAGUCUCCAAGAAACAUGUACCAGUGUCAGAUGGGUAAGCAGACCAUGGGUACUCCUGGUGUGGCGUUGAUGCAUAGAUCCGACAAUAAAUUGUAUAGAUUACAGACUGGUCAAACUCCAAUUGUCAAAGCUAAUUUGUACGAUGAUUACGGCAUGGACAACUUCCCCAACGGUAUGAAUGCUGUUGUGGCUGUCAUUUCCUAUACUGGUUAUGAUAUGGAUGAUGCGAUGAUUAUCAACAAAUCUGCUGAUGAAAGAGGCUUUGGGUAUGGUACGGUCUACAAGGUGGAAAAGGUCGACUUAUCGCAGUCCAGAAGAAGAGGCGAUCCUAUCACUCAGCAUUUCGGCUUUGGUGACGACGAAUGGCCCGAAACCUGGAGAGAGAAGUUGGAUGCAGAUGGUUUGCCAUUGAUCGGAGUCAAGGUAGAAGAAGGCGAUCCUAUCGUAGCUUUCUUUGACGAGACCCUGGGCAAGACAAAAGUUAAAACAUACCACUCUUCAGAGCCAGCAUACAUUGAAGAAGUCAAGUUACUUGGUGAUGAUAGCGGUGACCAGGAAGGCCAACAGAUCACCAUCAAGUACAGAAUCACCAGACAGCCUAAUAUUGGUGACAAGUUCUCAUCCAGACAUGGACAAAAGGGUGUUUGCUCGAGAAAGUGGCCCCAGAUAGACAUGCCCUUCUCGGAAACAGGUAUUCAACCCGAUGUCAUCAUCAACCCACACGCUUUCCCAUCUCGUAUGACUAUUGGUAUGUUUGUAGAGUCGUUAGCUGGUAAGGCAGGUGCUCUUCAUGGUAUCGCUCAAGACUCCACUCCCUGGAAGUUCAGCGAAGACGAUACUCCUGCUGACUACUUUGGUGAGCAGUUGAGACUGGCUGGUUACAACUACCACGGUAACGAACCCAUGUACUCUGGUGCUACUGGUGAAGAGUUAAGAGCAGACAUCUACAUUGGUUGUGUCUACUACCAGAGAUUGAGACACAUGGUGAAUGACAAGUUCCAAGUCAGAUCUACCGGUCCUGUCAACUCCUUAACCAUGCAGCCCGUUAAGGGUAGAAAGAGAUCUGGUGGUAUCCGUGUGGGUGAAAUGGAAAGAGAUGCCCUCAUUGGUCACGGUACUGCCUUCAUGCUUCAAGACAGAUUGUUGAACUGUUCUGACUACACCCAGACGUCUCUCUGUCGCUCAUGUGGUUCCAUUUUAACCACACAAACCACUGUACCUAGAAUAGGCUCAUUGGCUACCAUCAGAUGUCGCAGAUGUUCCACCAAGUUGGACUCGUAUGUACAAAAGUUUGGCUAUGCCAACGACUCUGACAUCUGGGAGGAUGGCCAGGGCAAGAAAUUCGUUGGUGGAGAUGAUACCACUACCGUUGCCAUUCCAUUUGUGUUGAAGUACUUGGACUCCGAGUUGUCUGCCAUGGGUAUCAAGAUGCGUUACAACGUUUCUCCUCGUUGAGCCCCUAUUUGCAUAUAUUGUUAGUUUGUUUGUUAGUUGCAUUGUAAUUUACGUUUUAAAG